AAUUUAUUUUGCCUAUUUCUUCUCCCAUUUUAACAUGGAAUACCUGAAACAAUUCAUAUAAGUUGUUCUCUCUUACCUUACAAGAGUAUCCCGAGUUUUUUCUCCUGUUUCUACCACACAUUCAUGUUACAUGAGCCCUGCUGCACUCGGCUUAAUAUAGCUGCUAAAUGUUCCUACACAAUCAAGAAAGCCAUAGCCCUGAAUAUGCAAACACUGAGGGUGACUUAUUUUACUUAUUUACUGGAUUUAUAUCCCGCCUUUGUUCCCAAAAUGGAGUUGCACAUAAGAUGAAGUUGAUUUGUUGACAGUUAACAAUGUUUUCACUUCAACCACCAUGGCAACACCCUAUAGAAUCCUGGCAUAAGUAGUUGGGGGACACUGGCUCAGAAUUCUAAGCACCCCAUCUUCAACUGCAAAUCCCAAAAUUCCUUGGGAUCUUGCCAUGGCAAUUAAAGUGGAAUCAUAGUGCUAUACUUUUUUUCAUGUUGAAUUAUCCAUUGUUUUAAUUGACAGGCAAAACGGAUUGCCCCAUGGGGCGGUAUGAUGCCACUCCUGAAAGAGCCAGAUGGGCACCAUGGCGAGCACACACUGCGGCCCCACUCUAGUGUUUAGCCGGUGCAAUAAAAUGUGUACUUUCUCCAGUACAUAGGUCCAAGAUGGUCUCCAGAUGUAGGAAGAGAAGAAAACCUACGUUGAAAGCUUUCUCCACAGAAGAAACCACAGGAAAGAUGACCUUGGAACAGGAUGGGAAGAGGAUCUUAUGGUGUUCAUUGCCUUAUGUGCUAAAAGAACUUGACCAUACAGGUUGGAAAUUAAAAAAAGUGUGUUGCUUGGGUGAGGCUGUCCUAGACCUAUGCCAGUUAAUAACGGAGAUUGGGAAAACCUACAUGGAAGAGUUUCCACAUGCUAAACAAAGUCGUCCUUCACAUGACAAGUCUAAUCAGGGCCCCAAAUUGUAGCCUUGUCUUUCCCCUUAUACCUUAUUCUUCAUGUUCUAGGGAGUUAUGGAAAAGAGAUGAGGGGAUAUUUAAACCUAUUCCACUGAACCAGUAUUCUGAAGUGAUCAAAUAAUAUUUGGUAUGCACCAUGUGUUUUCCUUCCCUUUUGCUUAGUCACUCUCUGGAUGAGGUCCAUUUUCUAUUGCAGAUUACCUUUUGGGAUGUCGCUGUAUAUUUCACAAAGGAUGAAUUGCAACUGCUUGAUCAGAACCAGAGAUUUUUGUACGAGGAGGUCAUGAUGGAAAACUAUGAGAAUGUGUCCUCCCUGGGAGACCUUGUGGAUCAGAGAAACCACACUGGAGGGAAACCAUACAAAUGCCAGCAGUGUGAGCAAUGUUUUGCUCGCAAAUUACACCUUCAAACACACCAGAGAGUCCACACAGGAGAGAAACCAUACAAAUGCCAGGUGUGUGGGAAAAGUUUAUCUUGCAAAUCAUACCUUCAAACACACCAGAGAGUCCACACAGGAGAGAAGCCAUACAAAUGCCAGCACUGUGGAAAAUGUUUUGCUGACAAGUCUUCCCUUGUGAAGCACCAGAGAGUCCACACAGGAGAAAAACCAUACAACUGCCAGCACUGUGGAAAAUGCUUUUCUGACAAAUCAAACCUUCUGAAUCAUCAGAGACUCCACACAGGAGAAAAACCAUAUCAAUGCCAGCAGUGUGAAAAAUGUUUUUCUGACAAGUCAAAUCUUCUGAAUCAUCAGAGAGUCCACAGAAGAGAGAAACCAUACAAAUGCCAGGAGUGUGGACAAAGUUUAGCUUGCAAAUCAUACCUUCAAAUACACCAGAGAGUCCACACAGGAGAGAAGUCAUACAAAUGCCAGCACUGUGGGAAAUGUUUUGCUCACAAGUCUACCCUUGUGAAGCAUCAAAGAGUCCACACAGGAGAAAAACCAUACAAUUGCCAACAUUGUGGGAAAUGCUUUACUGAGAAAUCUUCCCUUGUGAGGCAUCAGAGUCUCCACACAGGAGAGACACCAUACAAAUGCCACCACUGUGGGAAAUGUUUUCCUGAGAAGUCUUCCCUUAUCAGGCAUGAGAGUCUCCACACAGGAGAGAAACCAUACAAAUGCCAGGAAUGUCAUAAAUGUUUUGCUGACAAAUCAAACCUUUCAAGGCAUCAGAGAACCCAUACAGGAGAGAAACCAUACAAAUGCCAGGAGUGUGGGAAAUGUUUUGCUCAAAAGUCAGACCUUGUGCAUCAUCAGAAAGUCCACACAGGAGAGAAACCAUACAAAUGCCAGCAGUGUGAGAAAGGUUUUGCUCAGAAAUCACAACUUUUGAUGCAUAGGAUAGUCCACACAGGAGAGAAACCAUAUAAAUGCCAGAAGUAUGGAAAAUGUUUUUCUCAAAGUCACAACUUGAAAGUCAUCUAAGAGUCCAUACAGGAUCAUAGAAUCAUAGAGUUUGUAGAGACCCCAAGGGCCAUCAAAUCCAACCCCCUGCCAUGCAGGAAUACACAAUGAAAGCACCCUUCUCUGGACACACUCUGAAGAUGUCAUGGCCAAACAGACCGAGGACUCGGGGGAGGAAUCUGAGGCUGAGCU